AUGAAGUGGGCGCUUCUCGUUCUGCCUUUGUGUUUUUCGGAGCCGACACUGUUCAUGUUUCCAUCGAAUCCGUCGCUGCAUCCGGCCGGAAUGUAUCCCAACUCUCAGGUCGUGAGGUAUACGGAAGUUGAAUUCUCAGCCCGAAAACCCUUUUCAGAGGGAAAAUCCGGGACCUUCCUGACUCGGGCAUCGUCCAUCUCAAACGAAUAAAACCAAUCUCCGACGAGUUCGCCACAGGUGCAGUAAAACCAGUGUUUAGGCUGUUGCAAAAGUCUUGCUUCACUUCUUCUAAAUAUCUUUUGUUUUUUCAUAUCCGAGUAACGAAAAUUCUCCCGACAGCUAGUCUGUCACAGGGGCGUCCAGAUUCCUGGAGAGAAUAAGAAGUUGUUACAGCAGUUGUGGCUCGCGGAGAAGAAACAUUUGUUGAGUCGGAAGACGUGGCUCCUCUUCGAGAGUUGACUGUUUCUAGUUCGGUUAGUUCAUUUUUCCAAACUCGGCUUAUUUUUAUAACUACUGAGAUAGUGGGCAAAGAAAACCUUUCAGGCUAUGACGCAUGCGAUAGAAAACGCGGAAAAAACACUUACCAUCCCCUCAGAUCAAAAUACUGAAGUCCCGUUUGUUUCUCUCACCUCGAAGACACCAAAAAAUAGUUACAAGGUAAUCUAGGACCAUAAGACUCGUAUAAACGCUUUCAAAACUCAGAUGAGUGAACUGAAAAAGCAACAGAAGACAAAGGAACAGGAGAUGAUCGAGGAAAAGGACGAUGAACUCGACACGCUUCUCAACCAGAUCUUGCAGGCUCAGAACACAGAAACGGUUUGAAAAUAUGUCAUUUUUUUAAAGAAUAUAUUUCCAGGCUCACAAAGCGUCACUUGCCGCCAGAUCUUCUCGCGGGAAGGGCACAGUGGUAAUAUUAUCGAUUUCAAAAAAAAUUGAAAAAUUAAUAAAUGAUGAGCGUUUUUUUUAGGUUAGCCCAACUCAGAGCCGCGCAAGUAAACUUGUCUCUUUCGAUGGUACGGCACGACUUCAUGGAGGUGAGAAAAAACAUCCCUUGGUCUUAUUUCUGUUAAUAUUUUUUCGGUCAAACUGAUAAAAUACGUAUCCUUUUCUCAAAGUUAAAACCUAUUUAGUGCCCAAUAGAACAUGUGGUGUACUUUUUAAAUCAUAAAUUAACUCUAGGAGAAAUGAGAAACUCGCGGCCUUCUCCGACGGUAGUCAAGCUACACCAGACCGAACCUCGGUGAGAUUAUCCGUUAUUUUUUUUUUCUGAAAACUAAUUCCAAUUUUCAGGCAUCGAGACUCCACUAAAUCACGAAGAGAAGACGCGGACUUUGAUCCAUGGGAGAGAAUGUCCACAAAACUUGUUUCAUGAUUUUUUUAUUUAUUGAUGAAGCAAUGUAUAUUUAAUAAUAAAAAUUGAAAUGGUAAUUAAUUUGAAUACCCAAAAAAACAAAAAGUAUUUUUAUAUCGACUCCGCCUAGAAAGGCGGCCGCAAAAGUUAUUCUGACCCCUGUUUCUUCCUCGCUUCCAUGCGGUGAAAGUUUCAAAAAAUUAUAGAUUUAACUCACGUCCUCAUGUUAUCUGUUUUCCAAUUUAUCCGACCCCGCUAGUAAACUAUAACAGAAUUCCCAAAAAAAAAAAUUGUCUUUCUCCCAGCUGCGCCAGACUAUAAAGUGCUUACCAUUAGUUAAGGUUAAUUAAGUAAUUACAGAAUACGACACGGUGUUUCUUUUGCGACGCCCCGCCCACUUUUCUCCGUCAAUUAGGACGUGUUUAGUGCAUGCACAAAAAAUUUGGAAAAUAAGGUUAACCGAUGAUGUAAGUGUGUGAAACGAAUGAACAUUGAAGAAAAAAAGACGAGGAAAUUAAAAAGAGAUUAAAUAAAAACUAUAUUGCUGUGGAGAAACAAAUAAAAAGAUGUUUUUACAGCAAGUACUUUUUUAUUAUAAAAAGUUGACGGAAUAUCCGGAUAUAAAUGAAUUCCGGAACAUACUUUCUCAACUUCACAGACUUUUUUUCAUGUAACUUCAUCUCAUUGAUGUCCACAACCUAGGAAUCUGAACAAUCGACAAAAAAAUAGAAUAAGAAAACAUAAAAUGGGGUGAAACAUGUUCCAUACAAACAGGUGGAGAUUUUUCAAAACGCUUCUUCAUCACGAGUUUUAAAGUUAGCCUCACAGAACUACUUUCAAAAAAACGUCUAACAACCCAGAGUAUACCCCGAUCGUGGUCCCGCAAUACUAUCAGCAAUCUACGAAAAGAAAAAGUGAAAAAAUAUGAAAAAAUUGACAAAAAAUCAAAAAUAAAGCCACUUUUUCAAAUUUCGCGGGCGAAUUUCGAGAAGUGCGCAGACUUUGCCGAGUUUCAAAUUCCUUGCAUUUUCUUCAACUGGCAGAAACGCCGUGACGACCGUCCAUAAAAAAAACCGAUUUUUAUAUUUCUUCCCAAUAAGUGGUUUAAACUAGCGCAAAGUUCAAGUUAAUUCUUGGUGUGCUGGAAAAGUCGGCGUCGGUUGGGUCGGUUUUCCGAAAGGAUAAAUGUGCGGUAAUAUUGCAAAGGAGGCGGGGUUGGCUCAAGCCGCAUUGCAAUUUUUUUUCGAAAUUUUCAAAAAUGAUAUUUUUCAUUUGGCUUUGUUUGAAUUUUCGUUCUUACUUUCGUUUCUUUUUCUUUUUCGAUUUUGCUUUAAUGAACAAAAAAUGGAUUUUUGGCAGUGACUAUAUUAUGUAUUUAAAGUUUUUUUAGUUCUUUUUUUAGCAUAAAAUUCACCGCCGAAUUUGGGAUAACGGAAAAAAAUUUUUCUAAGUUUUUUAACUUUUCAAACAUUUGAAUAUAAUAAAUCUCCAGAAUAUAGUCAUGACUGACCAGUUUCUCCUCGUGUUUUUGUGUUUUUGUAUUACACUUUGCUUCUAAAUUACUUAAAAUUGAAUAGCGAGAAUUCUUCUAAGUCUUACCGGCUUAGAUCGUCUUUUGGCUCUUCCAAAGCUUGACUAUUCAUUGUCUUGGCUCUCCAAUGAAUCAAAAAAUGAUUUAUUCGAUCAAGAAUGUCAAGAAAGUGUCUAGAGUCAAAUUAAUAGCUACUAAAAAAAUACCUGGAAUGAUAAUUUUAUCAGUUUUAUCUUACAUUUGUAAUUAUUAUUUGUAUGUAGCACUUUCAAACGUAAAAAAAAAUAAACCAUAACCGAUCUGAAAACUUUCGUUCUGCAGAGAGUCAUGUCGACGGAGGAAUUGAACCAGCAAAUCGUCAAACAGUUGGAGGUAUCUAAGCUUAGACUUCAGUCCUAAUUUGUUUAUUUUUUCAGUAUUACUUCGGAAACAUCAAUCUUCCCCGAGACAAGUUUCUUCAGGAGCAGAUAAAACUCGACGAAGGAUGUGGGUUCAAUCAUACGGAGAUGUGAAAAUGAUAAGUUCUAGGGGUGCCCAUUAAAACUUUACUCACGUUUAACCGAUUGGCUGCUUUGACAAAAGACGAAGAAGUCAUCGCCAAUGCUAUCAAGGUAAUGACCAAAUUUUCAUUCUCAUUUUGAUAUUCGUCAAAUAAUGGUUUCUUAUUUAAGGCUUCUGAAUCCGACAUAUUGUCAGUUUCUGAGGACAAUAUCAAACUCAGAAGAAAUCCCGGGAAUCCUUUGCCUGAAAACUCAUUGGAAUACUGGCAGCAGAUCAAGCAUCGUACUGUUUUCAUGGUUCGUAAAUGUAUUUUUUUUUUCCGUUUUUUUAGUUCUCAAAUUUAGUUUAUCAAUUUGAAGUUAUGACAUUUUUUAAGGAAUUUAAGAGUUGUUUCAAAAUCUCCUCAUAUCUGCUCUGCUCGAACGUUGAUUUCCUAACUAAUUUGAAAACUGAGUAAAAUUAUGCUCGUUUUUUUCCGCAAUUGUUGAAACUAACAUAUUGAAUAAUUUUGUGCGAAGAACCAUCCUUUAUUUCAGAAAAACUUCCCCAAAGAGACGAAACUCGAUGAAAUUCUAUCCUGGGCGAAAAGUUUUGGGGAGGUCGAAAACGUCAUAAUGCGCCGAAUUCAAGCUGAUAGAUCUUUCAAGGUUAGUUUUUUAAAAGUUUCGUGUAAUGUUUUUUUUUUUUCUAGGGUAGCGUCUGUAUAACCUACAAAACCAGAGAAGAGGCAGAAAACGCUCAAAAGUCCGAUGAAAAGUUCAACGACAACGAACUUGUCAAACUUAUGCAGGAGGAUUACUGGAUCGCUAAAAACAAAGAAACCAAAGUAGUACAGAAGGCAAAAAAAAUAUUUUAAAUUUUACUUAAGGAAGCGAGGGCCGCUGCGAAAUCUGCUAAGAAUGAGCAAGAAAACGCCGACAAGAAGAACGCUAAGGUUUCUUGAAACUCAAUUUUAACCGAAUAGUUUUUGAACCUCAGGAAAUCGCACGGUUCGAAAAGGGACUUAUCCUCGCUAUUGAUGGUCUAGAUGAGAAAUCCACGUUUGCUGACAUUAAAGAAUUCUUCAAUAAAUACGGAUCUGUGGGAUACGUAUCUUUUGAAGCUGGCCAUACUAAUGCUGAAAUCAGGUUAGUUGGUCACGAUUUUCAUUGAACUAAAUUAUGUAAACAAGAGAAAAAUGUCGUUUUCUAGAUUCAAUAUGGGAGAGACUGGUGCUAAAGAAGCUUGGGAGAAGGCUCUUUCUGAGAACGGAGGAAAAGUUGUCAUCAAAGAGAAAGAGUUGACAGGACGGGUAAUCUUUUCUAGCUGUUUACCCGAUUUAAUACUUGCUUUCUAAGGUUCUGGAAGGAGAAGAAGAAGAAAAGUACUGGGACGAAUUCAACUCGGCGAAAAAUCGCAGUAAAGAUAACCGUGGCCGUGGUAGAGGACGAGGUCGUGGUGGCCGAGGAGGCCGCGGCGGACGCGGAGGACGGUUAGUGCGAUGAUGUUUAUGAUGGGGCUUUUCUUUUCUAUAUCUCAAGUUGUUGAUGGUGGGGCGGAACUUUUGAGCUUUUGGAAAUAGAAGAACGUUAUUUUUGUAGACAGUGGUCAAGCAAAAGGCGUUUCAAAAGCUGCUUUUUGAACGCGCGCCAUUGAAACCCGUUUGCAGUGUUGUUGAUAACUGGACGCUAAUAAAAUGAAAGCUGAAAUUUGCGACAAAUUUUUCUUAUGAAAUUAGUGGGGCUUGAGCCCUGUUUCGUUGAGAAAUGGUUGGUGAUGAAAUACAAUGAAUUGAGAAAUAAUAUGAUUCUUCGUAGUUUUUUAAAAUUUCUCACAGGUCGUUUCAAUUUAUUUGUUUCAGGCUUGAAAUCGCUUGAAAUAAUUUCAUUUUUUGAGGUGUCAAAUUUCAUAUAAAAAAAUAUGCCCAAUAGUGACUUUUUAAACUUAAAAAAAAUAUAUAUUCAGAGGAGGACGUGAGAACUCUAAGCGCUCUGCAACUGGAGAUGACGGUCCCAAGUCGAAGCGAAUCAUUUUCGAUGAAGAAGGCGCAGUGAAACCCGCUAAAGAAACUUCGGAAGUUGCUGAAUGA